AUGGCUGGUAUUCCCGUGAGAAUAUCAUCGCGUCAUAAUCGGAAAGUAAUUAACCGCAGAAACCUAACUAAUCUUGUUUACGUAAAUAUCGAUAAUGAUCAACUUUGCAAAUUGGGCUCGAACAUGCGAUUUGCUUUAUGGAAUGCUAGAUCUAUUAAUAAGAAAGCUGCAAUUAUAUGUGACAUAAUUCAGUCUAAUAAACUAGAUAUCCUUGCAGUAACAGAGACUUGGAGCAACAAAAAUAAAAAGUUUUCAUCGGCUGCUGAAGUUCUGAAUACAAUCAGAGACUUUGCGGUUUUAGAAGCGCCAAGGUUAACUGGUAGGGGUGGUGGUUUGGCUGUGUUUUUUCGGAAGAGUCUUAAAAUAACCAAAUACACCGACAUAACUUUUCAAUCUUUUGAACAUCUAGAUUUAUAA